CAUCUUUCUCUCCCAUACUCCGCACAACACACCCACAGAUCCAAUAGAUCUCUACCAAAUAGACAGGGAAUAGACACAGUCCUCCAAAAUGUCUCCCAGAAAGAUCAUCAUCGAUACCGAUCCUGGUAUCGAUGAUAUUCUGGCUCUUCUUCUGGCCUUGUCUGCCAAGCCCGAGGAAGUCGAGAUUCUGCUGAUCUCGCUCACAUUCGGAAAUAUCGAGGUGAAGAGCUGCUUGCGAAAUGUCGUGUCCAUGUUCCACAUCCUCGAGCGCGAGUUCCAGUGGCGUCGAGAGCAGGGCCGGCCCGAAGGCUACGGUACUCUCCGCGCGUCUCCCCCAGUGGUGGCCGUGGGUGCCGAAGAUCCCCUGGAGGACCAGAAGAUGCUGGCGGAUUAUUUCCACGGCACGGACGGUCUGGGAGGCAUCCAUGAGAGCCACCCCCACCUAACUCCCAAAGAGGCCUGGGAGCACCUGUUCGACCCCGCGGUCGAUCCCACCGGGAUCAAGCCCGUUCCCACAGGCGACUCAGCCCACCAGUCAUUCAUCCCUUCCAACCGUCCCGCUCACGAGGAGAUUCUUCGCGUUCUGCGCGAAAACGACCCCGACACCGUCACUCUCGUGGCCGUCGGCCCUCUAACCAACCUUGCCUUGGCCUCUGCCGCCGACCCGGAGACCUUCCUUCGGGUGAAGGAGGUCGUGGUAAUGGGCGGAGCUGUAAACGAGCCCGGAAACGUCACCCCAGCCGCCGAAUUCAAUGCAUACGCCGACGCAGUCGCCGCUGCACGGGUCUACGCCCUCACCUCCCCCUCACCCAGAAGCACUCUGCCCCCCUGCACAAGUCUACCCGCAUACCCCGCGACCCUCAGCAAGCAGCUCACUCUGCGCAUCUUCCCGCUGGACAUCACUCUCAAGCACGGGGUAACGCAGGGCCAGUUCCGACGCAUGAUCUCACCUCUCCUUGAAUCCGGCUCUCCCCUAGCGGAAUGGGUCUCCGCCUUCAUGGCCCAUACCUUCCGCACGCUGGAGAGAUUACAUCCGGGCCACGUGGGCGAUGUCGCGGAACUGAGUCUGCACGAUCCCGUCUGCGUUUGGUACGCCAUGACCGCUGACCAUGCCGGGUGGAAACCGACCCCGACGUCGCCGGAGGAUAUCCGCAUUGAGACCACCGGGCAGUGGACGCGCGGGCUGUGUGUUGUCGAUCGGCGGAGCAGACAUCCCAUUGAAGCGGAGGAGGAGAGUUCGAGUGAUCAUGGGCUUUGGUUGAGUACGAAGGCGGGAAACCGUGUUUGGAGAAUGGAUAGCUCCGAGGUGGAAGACACUUUCGGUGAUACUCUUCUCGACAGGAUUUUCAUGUGAUGUAGGGGCGGGUGUGCCUCAAGGCCUGGGAUGAGCGGGUAUUAGCCCUUUCGCUCCCUUUGAGAUUUUACCCGUUGGAUAUAGUACAGUAUAGAUAAGCCUUUGGGCUCGAAUAUUGUGGAUAUGUUAUAGACCCUUCGACUAUUUAAGAAUGAGUUUUGCCUCAGGCAGGCAAG